GAGAGCAAGCACGCGCGCUUCUUCCGCGUCCGGGUCACGACACGCGACCCUCGUGAUCGCGUGAUCGCGCGCGUUGCAUAUCGAAUGGAUCGUGCCGGCCGCGUGGCAGAUCGGCCAAGCGAUCGUCGCGUCGCACCGUGCACCAGUGCGACGGUCAGUCCGCCAAGGUCUCAUGAACACGUAACAGCACGCCGUGAUAGUGACGCGAUGAAAAUUUUAACGCGAUAGGAUGGGGUACACAAAGCAAAUUGUGCCGUUGAUGAAUAAUUUACGAAGGAACAAACGUAUUGCGAAGAGACUAGACUAUUAAACUUCCGACAGUGUACUACGCAAUAUUUCACAUCCCAGGACGGUCUUUACGGUGAACGAGGAUUUCAGUGACUCGUGACUUUCGGGGACCAUGGACAAGCCGCGUGAUCGGGCGAUCGACCGGCAGACAAGGAGCCGCUCAUCGACCACAGCCGGAAAGUUGGAGCCGGGAUGCUGCACGCCGUUAUGCUAGGUAGCGGUCCAGGACGGGGGAGACGCGAGUGGUAUCCAGGAUUUUAUCUCCAACGUCGUCGUCUUGGCUGUAGGAUGAAUCGCGGCGAGCAGGAGACUCUCUUCCGGCAAAGCCGACAGAUCACGCGGAUCGUACCUUCCCGCGAGGACCUCGUCUUGAGUGUCCUCAAGUCGCCGAUCAAUCAACAGCAGCAACAGCAACGACAACCGUGUCGACAUCCAUAUCAGUCGCACACCCAGGGUCACUUUAACUGCCAGGGUCAUCCAAAUAAUAGGAAGUGCAGUCAUUUAGGUGACAACGAGAGUCUUCCACGAAGCAAGGACCAAUGCUCUAGGCACGCCGAAAAGCGGUGCAGCGCCGCGACCGCCUACGCUGCCCUUCAGGGUAGCGAAGACGAGCUCGUGGCCGAGCAGGGUCUUGAGGCGGAAGAUACCGCGUUGAAGACGCCCGGCAGUGAGACCGAGGACACCGAAGACAACGGCGCGAACGCGGAGGAAUCGCAUUCACCCGCGCGCCGUUUCACUUUCUUACGUCGCUUCCGUUCGCCGCGCUUCGGCGAGGCGCAUCAUAAGCGGGUGCCGACGCCCAUGAAACGGAAAUAUCGUCGCAAAAAGAGCAAGGAGGACAUCGUUGAUGAUGACGUUGCUGGGGCCGAGGAGGAACCGCCGAGUCCUGACCAGACCGGCGUACCCGAUCCUUACUACCCGAUCUAUCUGCCGAUCGAUCAAGCCUUCAAGGCCAAGUACGUGUUCCAUCAUAAGAGGGGCAAGACUUUUCAGGAGCGCCUCUACGUAUUCCUCGAACAUCCCGGUGGUUGGCUGUGUUUUGUCUACCAUUUCUCUGUGUUCAUGGUGGUAUUGGUGUGCCUCAUAUUUAGCGUUUUGUCAACGAUAGAUCAAUACAGUAACUUCGCAAACGAAACUCUGUUUUGGAUGGAAAUAUGUCUCGUGGUGUUCUUUGGAGUUGAAUAUUUGGUUCGAUUAUGGAGCGCGGGCUGCAGAUCGAAGUAUAUGGGCUGCUGUGGACGGCUACGAUUCAUACGGAAACCGAUUUGUAUCAUAGAUUUAAUUGUCGUAGUAGCGUCCAUGGUAGUCUUGUCAGUAGGAAGCAAUGGUCAGGUAUUCGCCACUUCUGCCAUCAGAGGCAUUCGGUUUUUGCAGAUUCUGCGAAUGCUUCACGUCGAUCGUCAAGGUGGUACGUGGCGGCUUCUGGGUUCCGUGGUUUUCAUACAUCGUCAGGAGUUGAUUACAACACUGUACAUUGGAUUCCUAGGCCUCAUUUUCAGCAGCUAUUUCGUAUAUCUUGCCGAAAAAGAUGCAGUUGGACCGGACGGCAAAACAGACUUCGCGAGUUACGCCGAUGCGCUUUGGUGGGGAGUGAUCACAGUAACAACGAUAGGUUACGGUGAUACAGUCCCGCAAACGUGGAUGGGAAAAAUAGUGGCCUCAUGUUUCAGCGUGUUUGCUAUAUCCUUUUUCGCACUUCCAGCAGGUAUUCUAGGUUCCGGCUUCGCGCUGAAGGUACAACAAAAGCAACGGCAAAAGCACUUCAAUCGGCAAAUACCAGCUGCUGCGAUGUUGAUACAGUGCCUAUGGAGGUGUUACGCCGCCGAUAAGGCCAUCAACAGCGUCGCUACGUGGAAUAUCUACAUCAAGGAUCCGUCGCCGGCCGGUCAGCCGUCAACGCCCUUGGGCAAGUCUCUGAUGAUCCAGGUGGCAAAGAAGGCGAGUGUGCUGAAGAGGCGGAAAUCGCGGAACCGAAUGGACGUCCAGCAGCAGCAACAGCCGGCUCUGCCGCCCGUCACGAUAUCGGGUGGCAUAUCAGCUGGUGCUGGGACUGGCCUGAACGACAAUCAACGUCUUGAGAACGAGGGCGAUGUAGUUUUUUACAUGGAGGAGCCCAAGGUGGGCACGCCGAAUCGUGCCAGACGUGACAAUCGGGGAAGUCUUUUCACCUCGCAGACGAGUUCGGUAACGGAAGCGACCAGCGACGAAAUUGAUAUCGACAUCGAGGAACCCCAGAGAGUAACCACGUUGACAGAGGCACACCGGAAUGCUAUUCGGGCAAUCAGGAAGAUCAAGUACUUCGUGGCUCGCAGAAAGUUUCAACAAGCUCGGAAACCGUACGACGUUCGUGACGUCAUCGAACAAUACAGCCAAGGUCAUCUAAACAUGAUGGUGCGAAUUAAGGAGUUGCAGAGGAGAUUGGAUCAGACCCUGGGUAAACCGGGGAGCUACCUGGCGGGAAUCGACCGGGCAGGCAACGUAAAACCCAUGACGAUUGGUGCGCGUUUAUAUCGAGUGGAGCAGCAGCUAUCUGUGAUGGACAAAAAACUGGAUCAGUUGGUGCAUGUGUUAAAUGCGGUAGCGCAGAAGCAGCAGAUACCUCUGCGGAGUAUAGAGGAUGAUGUGUAACAGAGAGCCCCCGGCGAACUCGUGCAAUCAGUUUUACGAUCACCCGCGAUUCCACGGAUCCUGCCUCGCGUUACCAUAACUAAAGUGACGCCAAAUAUGUUCAGCGAAGGCUCUUAACAAAGGAGAUGGCACGCGCUCGAUAAUGCUGUCCCGAGCAUGUCUGGAAAGUACAAAUAUUAUAGCGAACGCUAUUCGAUUCCAUUUGAUUCUCGAGAGACUACAAUCGAAAGACUGUGACAUCGAAGAGAUCGCUAUUAGUAUUGGCAACUCUGGCGAUCUUUGUAAUUCCAUCGUGGCCACAGAGGUCCAUUCUUUGCUUAUUCUCGAUCUUAUAACUCGAUGGAAUUAUGAUCGUCGUCAUCACUGCCAUCGCUAUCAUGUCAUUAGGGGGAGAACGAUAUCUUCUUCAGAGAAAUACGUUAUCAGAAUUGAGGCUGAGAGGAGUCCUCAAACGUAAACGCAAACGACGAAGUCAAACGCACAGGAUGGAUAAUCGAAUUAAUGAUGAACGAAUCAGGCGCUGAGCUAAGGCAUAGAAACCGUAGAUUACGGUUGCUGUACGCAUGAUGAUAUUUCUCUAAACGGAAACGAAAGUAUCACGUGGUAAUCGUGCGAUUAUCAAAGAAAGAGUGCGAAGAAAUAUAUUAUUCAAUGACGGUAUAAAAAUUGAUUUUGUCAAAAAGAACAAAAAAAAAAUCUCGAUUCUGUUCCACCUUUUCAGUUCGCCGAAAGAAUGGGUAAACAGCCAAUGGGAACAUCACUCGGGCCAACUAGAAGUAAUAAGGAGAAACAAUAAACAACAUUGAACUUCCUAGAACAAAUUUUAAUUAAACUCGUAGACUGUCGAUCGUUCUGCCGAUCGGCUGACCGUCAAGCGGUGGAACCACUUCUCGGUCCCAAAGCGAUUCCAACGGUUCUGCAGGGUUUACAAUUUUGAAUUGUGGUUCCAUUUUGUUUUCAAUUCCCGGCAUGGAAGUCCCGCAAAAGUAGAGAACCGUGGCUCGCGGAGUGUUUCCAGUUUCGAUUCCGCGAGCGCGAGCUCUCUCGAUUCAUAUCUCGAUUUAAUUCUUUGGCCUAGCACAAAUAUAGAUAUUUCGAGAUAAGCCCGCUUCAAAUACGCAUGUACGAAUUUUCCAUCUUCUUUUCUUUUUUUAUAACAUUUCCCGAUCGCACUUGCCUACAGCGCUUGUUCCUGAAGAGCAAUACGUCUACGUAGAAUUUAGAUGCUCCGUACUAGAGAAUUCGCGAUAUGCAAUAUAUAUCUGUAAUAUUAGUCUUCGAUACACGCGUGAGUUCUGCGAAAAAUAUUUUAACGAAUUAUUAAGGCUUACGCCACGAGAACGGAUGAGUGAAAAGAAAGUGUAUAUAUCGUGUGGAGACGUGUCACUCUUAUAUACAAAUACAAUUUAUAUUUUGUACGUACGUUACUUAGGAAAUAUUUUAAGACGGAGAUGUGCAUUACGAUCUUGAAUCCCGCGCGCGACUUGCAACGUUACAAAACUUUCUUAUUUAGGAUCAAAGCCGCGGAUUGCGACGCGGCACGGAACUCUCAUAGCCGUUUCCUCUAAUGUAGAUUGACUUUAAUCUUGGUACAGUUUAAUUUCCAUCUUUUUCUAAUUUUUAAAACUAGAAAAAAUGUAGAGUAAGUUGAAUCGAGAUUGAAGUUAAUUUAUAAUGUCGGAAACAGGCAUUAGAGACGAGCAAUCUAACAACUUUUCAUUAAAUUAGAUUAAUCGAACGAUUCGAGAAAGUACGAAUGACGAUUGAACCAUACAUUGAAGGAUAGUCACAGUUCUUAUAAUUUCCCGACUGCCAAAAUUAGAUCUAAAUGAGACGAGCAAUACAACAUUAAUAAGUUCAGAUAGGCGGAUUCGUGUCGCCUCGCGAUUCGCAGUUUUGGGUCGAUCGAUUAUCGGCCAGUCUUUCGUGGGUGGAAAAUUCUUUACCAGGCGGAUCUAUCGCACUUUGUAUAUCUAUCA